AAUUUCCACCGCGACACAUACCAAGGCGACCCAGUGCUGAUCUACUGGCAAGGCAGCUCCAAUGGUAACUUUGGCACGGGGCGCAAUUACGUUCUGAACGAGAGCUACGGCAUAAUAGCAAACUUUACAUCCGCCGUGGAGCCAGGCAGCGACUUUCACGAGUUCCGCUUGACAGCCAAUGACACGGCGCUCGUCACAAGAUAUCCCUACGUCUCGGGCAAGGACAUCUCGGGGAUUGGGGCCGGCGGAUACUCGAAUGCAACCAUCCUCGAUGGCUGCUUUGACGAAGUCAACGUGACACAAGGCGAUACCAUCUUUUCCUGGUGCGCAUCGACAGGCGGCGUCAACUUUGCUGAGAGCUAUGCAGAACCUUCCGAGUCACCCACUUCAAAUGACACGGCUUGGGACUGGUUCCAUCCAAAUACCGUCUCCAAAGAUCAACUCGGCAACUACCUCCUUUCUGGGCGACAUGUCCAAAGCCUCUACUAUAUCGCAUCGAAUGGUACCAUUCUGUGGCGCCUCGGGGGGAAAGCAAGCAACUUCACCGGAAACGGCACAUCCUUCGCAUGGCAGCAUGAUGCGCUCUUCCUCGGCGAAGGCAACUACACCGCCACACGUCAGAUCGGCUUGUUCGACAACGAGGCGACUGCAUGGGCCAGCAAUGGUACACGGUCGAUCGGCAAGAUCAUCGAGCUGAACAUGACAAGCAUGACGGCGUCGCUCCUGCACUCCUUCAACAACCCCAGCACACUGACCCUUCUCUCGCAGGGCGGCGGCAGCUUUCACUCGACGGGCCGUGUUGUCAUGGGCUAUGGCCAGUUGCCUUACAUUGCCGAAUACGAGUCGAGCGGCACGGCCGUCGCCGUCAUGCAACUCGGCAAUGCCGCCACUACGCAAGGGUACCGAGCUGCCAAGCGGUACUGGACUGGCCGACCGACCACAGCACCGAGCGUCGUCUUCGUCAACAGCACCGUCGCUGUCAGCUGGAAUGGCGCGACGGAGCUGCAUGCAUGGCGGCUG